UCUGUCGUUCUUCAUCGUGUUGCUUGUUUUCACGAUAUAUUUUCUUGUACGAGUUACCAGUUUCUCGAAAAAAAAUUUAAUUUGCAAUUGUGUCCGGAAAAAUUAAAAAAAAAAGCGGGAUGUAAAUCCAUUACCUGGCCAAAAUGGUAAUUUUGCAAGGAUUUAAUUCAAAUUGCAAAUUUUUUCUGUGUGUUUUUUUGUGAACUAUUUUUGAAGUUUUACCAAAAUUAAUAGGAAAUUUUUAGUGUUCAUACGGAACCGGGAAAUUAAAUAGAAUUUUGGGAAAGGGCCUGGAAUUUGAAAAAAAUGUGUUAUUGACAAUUCAUGAUCUACAGUCUGGUCCUCGAAUCAUGAGGAUGCGUCUGCGCAGGCGAAAGUGGAGAAAAGGGUGAUAUAAAAAAAAAAUAAACAAAAUUGUAUUGGAAUCUGAUUAUAAAAUUUUGAAAAAAGAGAAGAUGAGACUGAGUCCCAUUAUCUUAUCUGCUGCAACAGCUUGGGCGGGCCAAGCGUUGCAGCAUCAACCGGAUCCGAUGAUCCGAAGGAUCCCAACGGAUUACCAGAAAUUUUCCCACUACUCGGGAUAUCAUCCCGAACUCUCGACCGAGUAUUUCCUGGUGCCACCGAAUAUCGGUGCCGAGAGGGGCGACUCAAGCGUGGCAAGUGUGGUCAGUGUGCCGGCACCGAAUCGCACUAUAUCGAUCUACCGGGGCCCGGGACGUCCUAGUGGGGGACAUAUCGAAGAUCCAAAAGUGGGCCCGAUUGCUAGACCGUGGCCCUUACUGAGGCCCCAAAUUUGGGCCCUACCUCUCGCAGCCUUCAGCGCCGCUGCUAUGCUCCUUAUGGCUGGAUUCGAAAUAUUUGUCCUCUGCAAAGCUAGAACUACAGCUCCUAGUAGAAGACACUUGUUCCUCGGCCAGGCUUUGUUAUUGGGCCUUUUUUUUCAAGCUGGUCUUUCAGCUGCAGUCUCGCUGACACCAAAUUUAUUGUCAUGCGCUGCUUUUAGACUCGUUGGAUUACCCGCAGCUCUCGUUUUCGCCGCCCUUCUCGUCAAGUGUGUUUUCCUACUUUCCCUCAACAGUGGAGUUUAUCUACCUGCCCCUUAUCAGGCGUUAGUCUUGAUCUUUGCGGUUCUGGUACAAGUGGCAAUUAACGGACAGUGGUUCUUUGGAGAACCACCAGCUGCGGUCCCAGUGGGUGCAAGUCAACAUUUCAUUGGAUCUGGUUGCAAACCUCCCGUCAACCAUACUCUCGCAUCCCUUGGUUAUCCAAGCACGCUGCUCGUCGCUGUAACGUGCCUCGCAAUCCGGGCUCGUGGAGUUCGAGAUAAUCACCGAGAAGCGGCUUUUAUCGGCCUCGCGGUCGGCCUCUCGGUUCCGGUCUGGAUUUCCGCAACAAUUGGUGCCCUGACAGCACCUGAAGACGAUCAGGAAGCCUGGGUGGCUUACGGGCUUUUAUCGACUUCCAUUCUCGUCUUUUUGACAAUGUUUUUGCCGAAAGGUCGACAAUUAGCGGCCCUAGGGCGGGAAAAUUCAGUGGCUGCUACUGUCGCUGCUAUGCGAGAAAGAGAAGAACAACUCAGUUGUAGUUCACUUCCCGGAAGUGGAUAUUCUCCCUCAUUUUUCCAUUUCAAACCCGCUGAUACGUCAUUGAAAAGAAAAGUUGAUUACCAUAGCACUGAUCGCGUGGCACUAGUUUCUUCUGGAAUUCCUCGUUGUAAUGCAUGUCGGCACGGAAGCAGUCCUAUCUACUCUGAUGACGUUCACGGAGGAAUGGAACCUUUUGUCGUGCCUCACGGGGUUUAUUUGAGACCCGAGGAUGUUGGAAAUUUGUACACGACUCUCUCAGCGAAUCCAAACGUCUUUUUCCAGAGGGCUCAUCCAGGCAUGAUGUAUUGACGAAGGCCUUUUGUAAACUACUUUUUAACACUGUAAAUAGCUUAGUUUUACUUUUUUCUGUUACUUUAAGCAUAGCGAAUAAAAAAAA